AUGGCUCAGCCCAUGGAAGAUUUCCGCAACGUGCGGGGCGAGCUCGCCGCUUUCACCGCCCGCCUCGAGCACCUCAUACUAGAGAAAAAGUCGUUGCUCCAGACCGAAAAAAAACGGCAUACUGAAAAUGUCCGGCGGCUCGAGCAAGCGGCGCACAGACUCCGGGCGGAAAUCGCCGACGCACAGGAAAAGCGGGGCGCGGUCGCAGGCCAGAUCGAGGCCGGCUUGGCCAAGUUCAGGGCCACCGAGAGCAUGGUCAACAGCCUAACAAAGGACCUCCAAAAGGCGCAGAAUUCCAGGGCGUCCUUGCGGGCCGCCGUCGAUGCAAAACGCGCCCACGUGGACAGCUUGAAAGACUCUUUGCGGUACACCCGCUCAAGCUUGGACUCACAGGCAGAGAAGGACGAGGACGAGGCGACCAAAUUCGAGAUGUACGUGGGGCUCAGGGUGGAGUCGGUGGACGAGGAUCUCUUGCGGUUCAAGUUCACCAACAUCGACGCCAAUGAAAUCGAUCUUGAUGUUCUGGUGGAACUAUAUGUGGGCGACGAUUUAUACCGCGUUUUGGCCACCGACCCGGCGUUGCCAGCCGACACCAUUUCCACCAUGGAGCGCGAACUCAACGAAAGCGGUAUGCUCGUGGUGUUCUUGAAGCGCAUAAGAAAAGCGCUCCGGGACGCCCUCGACUGA